AGGGCUCAUUCCGUGCAGACGCGUUUCCUUUCGGCUCCGGUGCUUCGUUCCUUUUUUCGAUUUAUUCCGGACGAAAGUUUCACGUGGCAUCGACGGCACGCGUUUAACUUCGGAUCAGUUUCGGACGGAAUAAACACAAAGAGAGCAUAAUAUCCUUACGUAGUAGGACUCUAGUAGCAUCAAAACAAAAGGACCUUUUCUCAACUUUCACCAUCGUUGUUGGGUUUUGCACACGCUCUAUUGGAAUUGCUUCGGGCACAACGGUUUUGCCUUCCGACCGGGCCAGUAGUACUGCAAGGACGAAAAGUGGCUGCUUACUUUUGCUUUACGGACUCAUACAGUAAUGUUUAGUGGCGGCCGGCGGCGGUGGUGAAUUUAAUUUCGCGGCAUAUUAAGCGAGAUUCUUCGAGAAGUCGCACUGAAGUUGGCGCGCAAAUAUUUUGAUCCAAUAAAAAUCCCUAACCGGUUGCGAAGUUCAUAUUAUAGUUUUUCCGGGUAUGUUGGGUGUACCGAUGGAUGUUUGGUGAAUGUUUCGAAGAGCAUUAUUUAUCCCGAAGUGAAAGUUCUAACGGAAAGUUUAGACAUCUACCUAAUCGGAAACUGGGUAGUUCCUGUGUGGCGUUGUGAAUGCGGCAGUGCUGUUAAUUUCCUGCAGCUGUAAAAAACAAAUAAGCAAUAUGAAUUGGAUUAAUUCGUUCCGUUGCGGACUGUUUAUUACCGUCUGCGUUCUUAUCCAAGCAUACACCUCGGUUCACAUCACCAAUCUGGAAGUUCCCCGAACGUACGUCCUCGAGAGGGACGAAUUUCUGGCAGCAUUUUCCCCUUCCAGUAGCAAUCUCCACCAUCCGCCCUCGGAGCAACAUCCGGUUGGCCAAAAUGAACCAUCAACAACAACAACAUCGACGACGACGACACACCCGCUGUCAUCCGUCCCUUCGACCGAUUCGUCUUCCUUGUCCCCUGACAGUACGGCCAAUUAUUAUUAUUACCAUCACGAUGAUGGCGGUGACAUCUCCGGUGGCGGAGGCUCCUCUUCGAGUUCGAAUGGCACCGGUACCGGGAGUCAAAUAACCGGAUUGCCACCGGCUGCGAUGAAACCGUUGAUAAUGGACUGCCAGUACGAGAUUAAGGCUAAUGAGUGUGGCUUCGUUCUGAAGUGGUACUUCAACCGGAAGUUGAUCUACCAGUGGAUACCGUCGAGGAGUCCCAUCGGAAUGAACAAAUUCAAGAGUGAACUGUGGACCAACUACUCGAUGUCGGAUUCGGCCAACUACAAGUACCGGGCCCUGGUCAUCCAGCACCCGAAACUGAACCACAGUGGCGAAUACAUGUGCUCGGUUCAGACGUACGAAUCGUUCGAUCGAAAGGCGGCGCGCUUUCAAAUCAUCGUACCGGAGAAGAUGCUGCUGCUGCACUACGAGAACGAUGCCGAGAAGGAGAACAUGCUGCUGAUCAAGUGUAGUGUGUUUAUGAUUUAUCCGGAACCGAACCUGGUUUUGGUGGUCAGCGGAGAUUUGCUGCUGGUCAGCUCCCGAACCGUGGUCCUGUCGGAUCGUCAUCACAUGUACAACAAAACCAUCUACGGUUUGAUUGACAAGCAUCUGCUCAUUUCGCCAACAUCGAUCGGCUGCAUCCUGACGGUGGCCGGAUCCAGUUAUGUGCGGAAACGCGAAACAAUCUAUUACGAUCCAACACAGCUAACGAGAUGGAGCCACCUGAGGAUGGACCAGCGUGGCCAUUUCGAAAUUAGCGACAACUCGGUCGAUGCUUUAAGGGAUCAAUCUAACGUCAUUGCCAUCGUUAUGGUCAAUAUCAUACUAGGAAUAGUUUCGCAGCUCAGUUUUUAACGAUACAUAGUCACCUUUAAGAAUUAUUAUGAUUCUUCCAAUUUAAGCUAAUAGUAAUCGUACGGCUAAACAAAACUAGUCCAACUAUCGUAAGAAAAAAAGAAAAGCCUUAUUGUAAACAAA